AUGAUGGACAGCCGCAUCCUGGAGCAUCCCCAUGCCCAGUUCGGGGGGAUGGUGGGUUUCCCUUACCCGCUCGGGCAUCACCACGUCUACGAGCUGGCCGGGCACCAGCUGCAGUCGGCGGCCGCCUCCGUCCCCUUCUCCAUCGAUGGAUUAUUGAGUGGCUCCUGCGCCGCCUCCGUGGUCAACCCGGCGCCGCUCAUCCCCUCGGGCUGCGGGGUGACCGGGGACAGUCAGCCCUUCAAGCUCGCAGACUCGGGUGACCCGGACAAAGAAAGUCCUGGCUGUAAAAGAAGACGAACCCGCACCAAUUUUACUGGCUGGCAGCUCGAGGAGCUGGAAAAGGCGUUUAAUGAGAGUCAUUACCCGGACGUGUUUAUGCGAGAGGCUUUGGCUCUCAGGCUGGACUUGGUGGAGUCCAGAGUGCAGGUCUGGUUCCAAAACCGCCGGGCCAAAUGGAGAAAGAAAGAGAACACGAAGAAGGGCCCGGGGCGGCCGGCUCACAACUCCCACCCCACCACGUGCAGCGGGGAGCCUAUGGACCCCGAGGAGAUCGCCCGUAAGGAGCUGGAGAAGAUGGAGAAGAAGAAGCGCAAGCACGAGAAGAAGCUCCUCAAAAGCCAAAGCCGCCACCUGCACUCGCCCAGCGGCCUCUCCCUCCACAGCACGCCUAGCUCCGACAGCGACAGCGGCGGCGGGGGGGGUCUCUCGCCCGCCCCGCCCGAGGCCAAGCCCCGCGGGCAGCCCCCGCCACCCCACCCGCCACCUCCCGCCGCCGCCGCUCCCCCUUCCGAGCCGCCCCCCGGCACCUGCGACCAGACGGCAGAGCCCUUCUACCCCAGCCAAAGAAGCGGGAGCGGGCGGCUCCAGCGCCCACCUGACAAGGACUGCGCGGCCGCCCCGUCGGGGGACGGCAGCGGGGGAGCGGGGGGGCCCCGCGGUGCUGGCAGCUUCCACAAGCUCAACCCUUUCAGCGUGGAGAGCCUUCUCUCUGACUCGCCCCCCCGCCGCAAAGCCACCCCGGACUUCCCCAGCCUCCCUCCCUGCGCCCCUCGCACACUCAUCGGCAAAGGACACUUCUUGCUCUACCCCAUCACUCAGCCCCUGGGCUUCCUCGUCCCGCAGACCGCCCUCAAGGCCAGCCCAGGCCCAGAGGCUGGUCAGCCCCCCCGGGACUCCCCGCUGCCCGCCGCCAAUCCUGGCCCGCCCGGCUGCAGCGCGGAGCCGGCUCCCGCCGGUGCGCAACCAGGCCCCGGCGCCACGGACUCGGCGGCGGUGGCUGCGACGGGGUCGGUGCUCCCCCCGUCUCCGGCCGGUGCUUCGCCCCGUUCCGCGGCCGCACACGGUGACCCGGCGGCAGCCGCUCCCGCGGAGGGUGGCAGCUUCCCCCGGCCCAAAUCGCCGGUCCGGGCGCGGGAUGCCAGCACAGCCAGGGACAGAUCGGACUGCGGCCCCGCCGACGGCGAGGAGCUGGACAUGGACUGA